GCGGAAAAGGGUCCCCAACGCGAGGCCCGUCUCCAAGGCCGGCGGCGCGUUGCUAGGGAAGGCCUAGCGGGCGGCGAUGGAGCCCGGCGGGCGUUGUUGGUGGCUGGUGGCGGGGCUGUGGGGGGGGCUGUGGGCGGCGGGGGCAGCGGGCGGGGCGGGCCUGUACCAGAGCGGCGUGGACCCCGUGUGGGUGCUGGAGGGCUCGGUGGUGCGGGAGGCGCUGCGGGAGGCGGCCUGGGCCUGGCUGGUGCAGUUCUACUCCUCCUCCUGCGGGCACUGCGUGGCCUUCGCCCCCGCCUGGAAGGCCCUCGCCGCAGACGUCCACGAUUGGGAACGUGCCAUCCGAAUCGGAGUCCUGGACUGCGGGGACGAGGCGAACUAUGAGACGUGCAAAGAGUAUGGGAUCCAGUAUUACCCCACUUUCAGGUAUUUUAGAGCAUUUACGAAGGAGUUCACGACCGGAGAAAGCCAACUCGGUUCCGACCGGGAACUUCCCACGGUUCGCCAGAGCAUGAUCGAUUUCCUGCAGAAUCAUUCCCAGGAAGCCAAACCACCCGCUUGUCCCCCUUUGGAACCAAUUGUGCCAGAAGAAAUGUUUACACUUUUUGAUAAGAAGAUCCAGCAUUAUACUGCCAUUAUUUUUGAGAGUGAGAACUCCUACGUCGGGAGAGAGGUGAUCCUGGACCUCAUUCCGUACGACAACGUAGUGGUCAAGCGAGCGCUGGACUCCGACCCCGUCUUCCUCGAGAAGCUAGGCAUCGUCUCCCUCCCUUCGCUGUACCUCAUCUGCCCAAACGGGACCCACGGCUUGAGGAACGUUUUGAAGCCUCUUCGGUCUUUCUUUUCUUCCUAUUUAAAGUCUCUCCCCGGCGUCCGGCAGAAGUCGCCCCCGCAGCUCCCAACGCCGGCCGGGCGAAACGGAGAGGGUGACACGGGCGUCAAGGAAUGGAAAGACUUUGAUCCAUCCAAGCUGUACAUGGCCGACCUGGAGUCGGGCCUGCAUUACAUGCUGCGGGUGGAGCUGGCCACUCACAAGACCCUCGAGGGCACCGAGCUGCGGACCUUCAAGAGCCUCAUCGCGCUCCUCGCCAAGCUCUUUCCGGGCCCGCAGCCCACGGUGAAGCUGCUGGAGACGCUGCACGUCUGGCUGGUGAGCCUUCCCUUGGAGAGGAUCCCUUACAACGCCGUCCUUGAUCUCCUUGACAACAAGAUGCGGAUGGCGGGUCUCUUCCUGCCCAGCCGCGUCCAGUGGGUCGGGUGUCAGGGCAGCCGGGCAGAGCUGAGGGGCUACCCCUGCUCCUUCUGGACCCUCUUCCACGUGCUGACGGUGCAGGCGGCUGCUCGGCCCAACGCCUUGCUCAACACGGGCCUGGAGGGCAACCCCCGGGGGGUCCUGGAGGUCAUGCGGAAGUACGUUCGGGAUUUCUUCGGCUGCCGAGCCUGCGCUAAACACUUCGAGGAGAUGGCCGGGAGCUCCCUGGACACCGUGCGGACGCCCGAAGAGGCCGCCCUGUGGCUCUGGGAGAAGCACAACGAGGUCAACGCCCGGCUGGCAGGGGAUUUGACGGAAGACCCCAAAUUCCCGAAGGUGCAGUGGCCAUCUCCGGAGGCCUGUCCUUCCUGCCGCAAAGGCGGCGGCGGCGUCUCCCGGAAAGACCGGCUUCCUUCUUGGGACGAGGCCCAGGUCCUGCGUUUCUUGAGGCGGCACUACGGCAGCGGGAACGUUGAGUACAGAUAUGCGGAAAGCCGUCCGGAAGCGGAGAAGGGUCCGCUGGAAGAGGCGCAGGAGGACGAGAGGAAGCCAAAGGGCUCCUUCUUGGGCUUCUCCAGCCUCGACAUGAGCCUCUGCAUCGCUCUCUACGGCACCUCCUCCUUCUUCCUCAUGCUCAUGUUCUUCUUCUUCCGGAUGCGCUCCAAGCGCCGGAAAGCCAGGCCCAGCCGACCCCACGUCUAGGAACCCCCCCCCCCGCUCUCUUUCCAUAUUUAUGGCUCCCUGUUUCCCCCCCAAACGGUGCUGGCUUCUCCCAUUCCGUCGUCUCCAAAUGCACAAAAACGUGUCAACAAAUGUCAAAACGUUCCUUAUGUCUCUGGAUCGUUGUGUCCGGAUGGUGCUGGAUUGCAUGGGGUCCCUUAACGAAAGUUCGUAUGUUUCCCGGAUGUUAGUCGGCUCGUUUUGCUGCAGUUCGGGGCAGAGGACCCCCAUGAAAGUGAAAAUAAAUGUGAAUAAAGAAAUCCCUAUUUUUCUUCGUA